AUGGAAAACCCCAUUGAAUCGGAAGCGCUGGAAGAAGAAGAAGACCUGAACAGAACUUUUGUCAUCGAUGAUGAUGAUGAAAUAGUCUCGAGAAGGUUCAACACAUGGUGCCUGGACCAUGAAACCUCAAAGGAGGCAUGGUUAAGUGACGACAUCAUAUUCUGGUAUCUGAAGCAUCUUUGCGCAAAAAGCACAAAGUAUGAAACUUUGGAUCCAAUUAUGUGGGAAAUGUACAAAAGAGAAGGAAUCAUGCUCAUAAAGCAAAAACUUUGGAGCACGAAAACCUACUUUUUCCCAGUUUGCGAAAAUAACCACUGGAUCCUUUUGGUGAUAAGCUUAACUGGAAUCUGGUACGCAAACAGCUUCCUACGUGAACCCGAAGGAAAAGUUCAACAGUUUAUUGAGGAAUUGGGGACUGAACGGAAAAAGUUCGACACUCCAAAUCCCUGCCAGACAGAUGGCAUAAACUGCGGUGUUCAUGUAUGCCUGAUGGCAAAAUCAUGUCUAAAUGACGACUAUUGGUAUACCGAAAAAGAGGUCCAAUCGUUCCGAAAAGAUGUGAAAAAGAUGCUCAGAGCAAACGGAUAUGACCUGUACUCUGAACAAUACCGUGAUUUCCACCAAACAGAUGAAACCACGAAAAAACCAGAAAGUCCAGAAAAAGUGGACACUUCUGAGGUGUCAGUUGAAUCCCCAAUGGAUAUUCCACAUGUUGGUCAACCGGAAGAAGUGGAUAGAGUUUCCAUCCCAAAACUGAUGGACCUAAAACUCGAAUGCCCUCCACAUCUUCUACAAAAAGUUGCUCCAAAAGUGGUCAAACCAAAGGAGAAACCCACUAAACAGAUGGGUAAAGCACGCAAAGUGCCAACUGGAAAACCAGAGGAACUGGUCGUGAAAGUACGAGAAUGGUUCCAAAAAGAGUUCCAAUCGUACAUUCAAGACGGUAGAAGCUUCCAAAGAUUGGAGUGGAUCACCGACGUCCUGACAGCCGCCAUACAAAAGGCCUCUGUUGGGGACACCCAGGCAAUCGAGAAGAUUGUGAAAAGAUGCCCACCCUUGGAAGUGGAAGAGGGUGAGAUGGCAACGCAAACGGAUCCAAAAAGGAUUCCCAAGAAGGGUAACAGCAACCCGACUGGAGAUGGUGACAGCCGCAAAGGGCCACCAGUCUCUCAAAGGGACUCGUACUGGCAAAACCGGACGAAGACCUUUAACCAACUGAUCGGCAAAGAAUCGAAGCAAUGCGAGAUCCCGAUCAGUCAACUUGAACAGUUCUUCAAGAAAACCACCUCUGUCACAAAUGUAACAAAAGAGGUUCUGGAAUCAAAAAGUUCCAAAAUCCCAAAGAUAAAAGUGGGACAGUGGAUUGUAGACCCAUUCACUGAACAGGAAUUGGCAGUUGCUCUUAAGAAAACCAAAGACACUGCUCCUGGAGUUGACGGACUGAGAUACCAUCAUCUAGAAUGGUUCGAUCCUGAUCACAGAAUUCUGACGCCCCUGUACAAUGAAUGCAAGGAGCAUCGGAAGAUUCCAUCACAUUGGAAAGAGGCAGAAACGAUCCUUCUAUACAAAGGAGGAGACGAAUCUAAGCCCGAGAACUGGAGACCAAUCAGUCUCAUGCCAACCAUCUACAAACUAUAUUCGAGUUUGUGGAACCGAAGAAUCCGGUCAGUGAAGGGUGUCAUGAGCAAGUGUCAAAGGGGAUUCCAAGAGCGGGAGGGUUGCAAUGAAAGCAUUGGAAUCCUUAGAACCGCGAUUGAUGUGGCGAAGGGCAGGAAAAAGAACCUGUCAGUCGCCUGGCUCGACCUUACCAAUGCGUUCGGUUCAGUGCCACAUGAGCUCAUCGAGCACACUCUGGAAAAAGUAUGGAUUCCCAGAAGAAAUCGUCCACGUCAUAAAAGACAUAUACAAUGGGGCAUCCAUCCGAGUAAAGAGUAA